UUUGUCACAAAUGACAAUAAAACGAGUUUAUUACUAACAAAAAAUUAAUUAAUUAAAAUCUGCAGUGUGUUUUUAUUUCAUUUCGAAAAAUUUAAACAAAAAAAAUAAGGCAAAAAUUUACUCAAACUAUGGCUGAAAUCAACAUCCCCGUUAAUGACCUAUUAAUUGACCAAGAAAGUGACCAACGUUUUGAAAAUACACCAAGUGUUAAAAUGUCCUUGAGUCGAUGUGUUUCUGAUAUUAACUUGCCCGAACGUGAAAUGAACAUCAACGGCAACGAUCUUGGCAAAAAGACAUUCAAUACGGUCAUAUUCGACCGCUUUUUCUCAUCAACAUGUCAAUAUAAUUAUAAAAGCAUUGUUGGAAAUGAUCGGCUUCCAAAUGACUUAGAGUUAAAUUCACUUGAAGUCCCCAGUCCCGGAAAACUUACUGAGGACUCCAAAGACUCUGGAUGGGUUGAAGAACAAUUCUACAACGACCCAAGCAUACGCGACAACGAUCGUAAGGAAGCAAUACUAAGUCCCAAAAGAAAGCGCAGCGAUCCCCAAAUAGUGUGUUCCGUUUCUGGAAGUCUUGACUCGAUCCUUGGGGACUUACGCUCGAUUCCCAUUCAAAUACUUUCAACGUCAGAAGACGAAGCUGUGGGUCCCAACGGCUUAACUAUGAAGUCGUUUAAAGAAAAUUACUUUUGUGGGAAAUCCCCCAAGGAUCUUAACCAAAUGAUUGUCGAAUUGAGUGGUCAUCGGAAAUCUGAAGAAAUUUUUCUAUGGGUCCUGAGGGAAAAGACCAACCCGGAUGUGUUUCAUGUUCAUAUUAUAGGUAGAGAGGCUGGAUGUCUUCUGGGCCAAAUUCCUCUCAAUGAAACAGAGUUUAAAAGAGCCCAAACCGAAGGACUUUUUGACAAAUUUCUAUCUUUGCUUUUAUUGGAUUCAGUGCAAUGAGAUGAUGUCUAGGUUAUUGAAAAAUAGUUCGCAGUAAAUAGUUAGCAGAUUAAGCAGACAAUAAUAAAAAUUAUCUUAGGUAUUUAUUUGGAUAGACAUUAUGAUAGAUAUGUUGCCUGUGGGAAUUGAUGAAGAUUAACAAACCUACACUUAGAAAUUCUA